AUGCAUCUUCUUGGUAUUGAUAAUGUAAGAGGUAGUAUUUACUCCCGGCCUGAUUUAUCAUUUAAGGAAAGGUUGGAAGUUUAUCUUAAUUUUAAUAAUAAAUGUUCUCGCUGCGGUAGAUUUGGUCAUUCUAGCAAUAAUUGUAGAUGUGACAUUUGUGGUGAAUACGGUCAUUUGAGUUAUCAAUGUCUCAAUUGUUAUAAAUGCGGGGGAGGACCUGAUCAUAAUUUUGAAAGUUGUAAUAAAUGUUACAAAUGUAAAAGUCCUUAUCAUUAUUAUUGGAAUUGUAAUAAUUGUUACAAAUGUGGUGGAAGCGGCCAUUUCGCUAGAGAGUGUUAUAUAUAUCAAUUGAGACAUAGAUGUUUUGGCUGCGGUAGAUUUGGUCAUGUUAUAAAUGAAUGUAAAUGUGACAUAUGUGGUGAAUACGAUCAUUUUAGUAAUGAAUGUGAUAAGUGUUACAAAUGUGGAGGAAGUCAUAGACAUAGUCCUGAAAAUUGUACAAAUUGUUACAAAUGCCAAAGACCCGGUCAUCAUUAUAGUGAGUGCGAGAGGUGCUACAAUUGUGGUAAUCGCGGCCAUUUCAUAAGAGACUGUCAGAUGGAAAUCAGUUAUGACUAUAAUUGA